CUUGCCACAUUUUGCCGCACACAAAUCAAUAUGUCUCAAACGGGUGACAAGCCACCGACAGGUUCUCAAGCAGGGUCGCAAGGCAGCUCUUCAAGCAAUAUCCCGGUGCCGCAAGAAUGCGAUAUCCCGGGCAAAGCGCGCUUUAGCCUCUGGAGAACUACGUUUGAGAUAGACACUAGAUAUGUGCCAAUUAAGGCGAUCGGAAAGGGAGCUUACGGUGUCGUGGCGUCCGCAAAAGACAGUGUAACCGGGGAAAAGGUGGCUAUCAAAAAGAUUGGGAAUGCAUUCGAGAACCUGACCGAUGCUCGGCGGACUUUGCGUGAGAUCAAGCUCCUCCGGCACUUGAAACACGACAACAUCAUCGCCGUGAAGGACAUCCUCAAGCCGCCGGCCAAGGACAAGUUCAAUGACGUGUACCUGGUGUACGAGCUGAUGGACACGGACCUGCACCAGAUCAUCCGCUCCUCGCAGCCACUCACAAACGAACACUUUCAGUACUUCGUCUACCAGGUGCUCCGCGGGCUCAAGUACGUGCACACGGCCAACGUGCUGCACCGCGACCUCAAACCCAGCAACCUGCUGCUGAACGCGUCGUGUGACCUGAAGAUAUGCGACUUCGGCCUGGCGCGGACAGGGUCGGAGCGCAACUUCAUGACUGAGUACGUGGUGACGCGCUGGUACCGCGCGCCGGAGCUGCUGCUGUCCUGCGAGCACUACACGUCCGCCAUCGACAUGUGGUCCGUGGGCUGCAUCAUGGCUGAGCUGCUGGGCCGCAAGCCGCUGCUGCCGGGUAAGGAUUACGUGGACCAGCUAAAGCUCAUCAUCAAGUCGCUGGGGCCGCCGUCGGAAGACGACCUCACAUUCAUCAACAGCCAGAAGGCACGCGCCUACAUCCGCGCGCUGCCACCAGCUGAGAAAGUCAACUUCCGGAAGAAGUUCCCGGAGGCGGACCCGCUGGCCAUCGACCUAAUGGAGAAGAUGCUGCAGUUCGACCCCCGCAAGCGCAUUGACGUGCACGGCGCUCUGAAGCACCCGUGGCUGGCGCAGCUGCACGAUGAGGCGGCGGAGCCUGCAGCGCCAGACAUUUCGUGAUAUUACAGGGCUCCCUUG